CUUCCCGGCUAGGCGUGUGUGGCUCUGUUGCUCGCAGGCUCUCAGCGUCAGGCAGCGUUCAGCCUAGUGCCGCCGAGGCCAUCGGCUCCGAGUCUUCGCUAUGGACUUCGAGGACGAUUAUUCUCACACUGCUUGCAGAAAUACUUAUCAGGGUUUUAAUGGAAUGGAUCGUGAUUAUGGCCCUGGAUCUUAUGGAGGUCAGGCAUUCAAAGAUAUUAAUUUUAAAACUAUUCUUCUGAGCACUACCCGGCGUGGGCAUUAUUUAAUGCUUUUCUUUUUAAAUUUUAUAGGGAUGGAUCGUGAAUAUGGCCAUGGGUCCUAUGGGGGUCAAAGAUCCAUGGACUCCUACCUAAACCAGUCCUAUGGCAUGGACAAUCACGGUGGCGGUGGGGGGGGCAACAGGUUUGGACCUUAUGAGUCUUACGACUCCAGGUCUUCUCUGGGUGGGCGAGAUCUGUACAGAUCUGGCUAUGGUUAUAAUGAACCCGAACAAAGCCGCUUCGGAGGUAGUUAUGGUGGUCGAUAUGAGAGCUCCUACCGGAAUAGCCUUGACUCUUUCGGAGGUAGAAACCAGGGCGGGUCUAGCUGGGAAGCACCUUACUCCCGUUCAAAAUUGAGGCCUGGGUUUAUGGAGGACAGAGGAAGAGAGAAUUACUCUUCCUACAGCAGUUUUUCUUCACCCCAUAUGAAGCCUGCGCCUGUAGGCUCUCGGGGGAGAGGAACGCCUGCUUAUCCUGAAAAUACGUUUGGAAGCAGAAACUAUGAUGCUUUUGGAGGACCAUCAACAGGCAGAGGCCGAGGCCGAGGACAUAUGGGAGAUUUUGGAAACGUUCAUAGACCUGGAAUUGUUAUUGACUAUCAAAACAAACCCACCAAUGUGGGAGUUGGUGCUGCAAGAGGAAUAAAGAGAAAAAUAAUGCAGCCAUUUAAUAAGCCCGGUGGAACCUUUAUCAAGAAGCCCAAGCUAACAAAACCCGUGGAGAAGAGCCUCAGCAAAUCACCCACAAAAACUGAUUCUAAAAUGGAAGAAAAAGAAAAACGACGCAUUGAGGCUCGUCGAGAGAAGCAAAGGCGCAGAAGAGAAAAAAAUAAUGAAAAAUAUGGAGAUGGAUACAGAACUGCAUUCACAUGUUCAUUUUGUAAAUUCCGAACCUUUGAAGAAAAAGAUAUUGAACUGCAUCUGGAAAGCUCGUCACACCAGGCAACAUUAGAUCAUAUUCAGAAACAAACCAAAUUUGACAAAGUAGUUAUGGAUUUUUUGCAUGAAUGUAUGGUGAAUAAAUUCAAGAGAACAUCUAUUCGUAAACAACAGACAAAUAGUCUAACAGAAGCAGGCAAAAUAAUUGAUAAAGAUGCUAUGGAAGGUGUUACUGCGGAUGAUCACAUGAUGCGAGUUGAGACUAUUCACUGCAAUGCCUGUAGUGUGUAUAUCCCUGCUUUACAUAGUUUAAUUCAGCAGCACUUAAAAUCUCCCGAUCAUAUCAAAGCUAAGCAGGUGUAUAAGGAACAGAUAAAAAGAGAGAGUGUCUUGACUGCUACAAGUAUUUUAAAUAAUCCAAUAGUGAAAGCACGAUAUGAACGUUUUGUUAAGGGUGAGAACCCUUUUGAAAUUCAAGAUCAUGCUCAAGAUCAACUAGGAGAUGAAGAGGAAGAAGAAAAGAUUGAUGAACCUAUUGAAGAAGAGGACGAUGAAGAGGAAGAAGAGGAGGAAGCAGAAGAAGCAGAGGAAGUGGAGGAAGUUGGAGGAGUGGAGGGAGUGGGGGAAACAGAGGGAGAGGGAGAGGUCGAAGGAGCUGGGGAAGAUGAGGGGGCUGGGGAAGAUGAGGGGGCUGGGGAAGAUGAGGGGGCUGGGGAAGAUGAGGGGGCUGGAGAAGAUGAGAGAGCUGGAGAAGUAGCUGGAACUGGGGAGGUGGAGGGAGCAGGAGAAGCGGGAGGAUCAGUGGAAGUCGAGGGAACACAGGAAGGAGAGGAGGAAGCAAAGGAAGAACCUGCCGACUUCCCUGUUGACCAACCUGAAGAAAAUUAGAUUUCAAUGGAGCUUUACAUUUCUUUUGUGUUCUAAUGUAUAAAGAGUAAGAAUUUUAAUAGCCUAAAAAUUAAUCAACACCCAUGUUGCAUGCAUUCCACACAUUAAGAUUUGUUUUAUAUAAUUUUAAAAUAUUUGGUAUUUGUUUAAUAAAGAUAGGACAGUUUCAGUUUAAUUUUUUUUAUAGCUAUAAAAUUUGAUCUGAAAUAAUUGUUUGUAUAAUUUUAAUUAUUGGUGUUAAGGAUAACAGAUAAUGGGUUGUUAGUAUAUCUAUUCUAAUCAUUUGGACUUAAAUGCUGCUCUUGGGAGUAAAUAUUCAAGUGUGCAUUGAUCUUGGAAUACUUAGCCUUGAGAAGAUAAUUGGGCAAGUAUUUUGUGCUCUGAGUGUGUAUUUUUUUACUGCGUUGAACAUUGAAUAUAGUAAUUUGCGUUAAGAUACGCUUAAAGGCUUUUUGUGACCAUGUUUCCCUUUGUAGUAAUAAAAAUGUUUUUUA